GAGAGGCCCAGCAAGGCGUGGGAGGGGGGAAGAGGAGGAGAAGGCUCUGCUGUUGAAUGACCGAGGAGAACGGGGAGAGCUGCAGAUUUGCAACCCGGAGGUGGAAAAAAAGCCUUGCAGACGGGGGGAUUUACUCACGACGCCCCUUUUCCUUUGAGGAGGUGACCGUGUGUUUCAGCAAAGCUGAGCCGGCGCUGCUGGAGUUGAGCCAAAGAACUCUCUACAAGGGAAGUCACAAUGGAGAACUAUGGGAGCUCGGCGUUUCUAGCAGGGGAUGAUCAGAGGGACGAGGAGAAUGGGGAAUUGCAUCUUCUGUCUCCAGAUGAAGUCAAGACUGAAGACCUGAGAGAAGAUUUUGGGAAUCAAGAAAUACCCAAGGAAGACCCAGUCAAGAAGAAGGAUGAACCUAUUUCUUGCCAAGAGGAGGAUUUCCAUGAAGUAAUUCACGUGGUGGAGGAAACGUACCCGUGCUUGGAAUGUGGAAUGGACUUCUUAGAUGAAACCCAAUAUAAUAUCCAUUUGCAAAUGCACAGUGGAAUGGAGACCCCUCAAUGCCUGGAGUGUGGAAAGAGCUUCCUUGAUAGAGCAGAACUAAUUAGCCACCUAAGAACCCAUGCAGGAGAGAAGCAUUAUAGUUGCUCAGACUACGACGAGAGUUUCUCACAGGAGUCUGACUUUAUUGAGCACCAAAGCAUUCAUUCAGGAGAGGAACCAUCAAUCAGUUCAGAGAGUGGAAUGGCAUUCUCUGAUGGAAAGCAGGAAAAUCUACAUUUCCCAAGGAAUACCAUAAUGAAGGCAUAUAAAUGCUUUCAAUGUGGAAGGUACUUCAAAUACAGGUCACAGCUCCUUGUGCACCAAGCAAUACACACGGAGGAGAAAUCGUUCGAAUACUCCGAAUGUGAAAAGAGAUUGAGUGACAACAGCAAUUUCAGUUUCAAUCUUCAACAGCAUCUAAGAACCUAUACAGGCGAGAAGCCUUUUGAAUGCUCAGUAUGUGGAAAGAAAUUCAGUCUGAGAAACGAACUUCUACAGCAUCAAACAACACACACAGGGGACAAAUCGUUUGAAUGCGCAGAGUGUGGAAAGAGAUUCAGUUACAAACGUAGUCUUAAACAGCACCUAAUAAUCCACAGAGAUUACAAUCCUUUUGAAUGCCCAGAGUGUGGAAAGAAAUUCAUUCAGAACAGCCAUCUUCAGCUACAUCUAAGAUCCCAUACAGGAGAGAAACCUUUUGAGUGCUCAGUGUGUGGGAAGAGAUUCAGCAACACAGGUGGCCUUCAAAAGCACUUACGAGUCCACACAGGGGAGAAACCUUUCGAAUGCUCAGAGUGUGGAAAGAGAUUCACUCUGAGUGGCGACCUGCAACAGCAUCUACGAACCCACACAGGGGAGAAACCUUUUGACUGCUCAGAGUGCGGAAAGAGAUUCAGUUGGUGCAGUGAUUUGCAACAGCAUCUAAGAACCCAUACAGGAGAGAAACCUUUUGAAUGUUCAGAGUGUGGAAAGGGUUUCAUUCGGAACAGCCAUCUACAGCGGCAUCUAAGAACCCACACAGGGGAGAAACCUUUUGAAUGCUCAGUGUGUGGGAAGAGAUUCAGUCAGUCGUGCAAUCUUCAGCUUCACCAAAGAUCCCACACAGGUGAGAAACCUUUUGAAUGUUCAGUGUGUGGAAAGAAAUUUGGUGAGAAGGGGAGUCUUCGCAAGCAUCAGAGAUCGCACACAGGGGAGAAACCUUUUGAAUGCUUACUGUGUGGAAAGAGAUUCAGUCACAGUAGCACUUUUCAAUUGCAUCAAAGACUCCACACAGGGGAGAAACCCUAUGAAUGUUCAGUAUGUGGAAAGAGAUUCAAUCAGAGUGGCCAUUUGCUACAGCAUCAAAGAACCCACCCCGGUGUGGAACAUUAUGAAUGCUCAGAGUGUGGAAAAAAAUUCAGCUUCCCUGACAGUCUUCAACGGCAUGAAAAAACCCACUUAGAGGAAAAACUUUUUGAAUGCUCAGAGUGUGGGAUGAAAUACAGUCGGAGUUACAACCUUCAGCAGCACCUAAGAAUACACAAUGGUGAGAAACCUUUUGAAUGUUUGGCCUGUGGAAAGAAAUUCAGUCAGCGUUCCAAUCUUCAGCGGCAUCUGAGAACCCACACAGGGGAGAAGCCUUUUGAAUGCUCAGAGUGUGGAACAAGAUUCACUCAGAGUAGCCAUCUGCAGCAGCAUCUACGAAUCCACACUGGGGAGAAACCUUUUGACUGCUCAGAGUGCGGAAAAAGAUUCAGUCGGAGCAGCGAACUCCAACAGCAUCUAAGAACCCACACAGGAGAGAAACCUUUUGAAUGUUCAGAGUGUGGCAACAAAUACAGUCAGCGAUGCGAACUUCAAGAGCACCUAAGAAUCCACAUAGGGGAGGAACCUUUUGAGUGCUCAGAGUGCGGAAAGAGGUUCCGGUUACCUAGCAGUCUUCAAAGACAUCAAAUAAUCCACACAGGGGAGAACCUUUUUGAAUGCGCACAGUGCGGAAGGAAAUUCAGUCGAAGUUAUGACCUUCGGCAGCACCUAAGAAUCCACAAUGGUGAAAAGCCUUUUGAAUGUUUGGAUUGUGGGAAAGGAUUCAGUCAGAGUUCCAAUCUUAAGCGGCAUCAGAGAACCCACACAGGGGAGAAACCUUUUGAGUGCUCAGAGUGUGGGAAGAGGUUCACUCAGAGUGGCCAUCUGCAACACCAUCUAGGAACCCACACAGGCGAGACAGCUUUUGAGUGCUCAGAUUGGUUCGAGAAGUUCACUGAGAGUGACAGUCUUCACGAGGAUCUAGGAACUCACACAGAGGAAGAAACCUGAGUGCUCAGAGCGUAGAAACAGAUUCCAUCACAGUGGCAAUCUUGUACUGCAGAGAACCCACACAGGGGAGAAACUUUCUGAAUGCUAACAGCACAGAAAGAAAUUCACAUUGUCAGUUUUCAAAGACAGCAGAUAAUCCACUCAAGGGAUAAACUUUUUGAGUGCUCUGAGUAUGGACAGAAAUUCAGUCUGAAUGAGUCUUCAGCAGUAUCUAAGAACCCAUCCAAGGAGAAACCAAUGUUCUGUUUAGCUUGUGAAAAGCGCUUUUCUCUCCUUUCACUUGAAAAAGACAACCACAGACCCUAGAAAGGGUUGAACUCAAAUAGAUUUUACAUGGAAGAAAGCAAGGAUGUGUUCUGAGGGUGGAAAGUGAUUCAAGACCAGCCCAUAUCUCUUUAACCACUGAGGAAUUCACACAGGAGAGGAACCUCAUAAAUGCUCACUGUAUAGCAAGAGCUUGAGGCAGAGACCCAGCCUUCCUGUUUGUAGGAUAAUAAACACAAGGGCAAAACUUUCCUAUA